CAACGUCACUGAAUGCGGAUGUCUCUAAGGGCGAACGCUUGUUUUCUUAAAAGACCCUUACCAGCACCAGCGACAGUUCAUGUAGCACCCCAACCUUUCAGCCGAACGCAAAAUCUGACUGCUAUGGUAUCAUGGAGAAUGACAAUCAUCAAGAAGGAGAGGACCAAGGGGUUAAAAUGUGUCAUCCACCCUUAGAAGGCGACAUACCAGUCGACACUCUGGCAACCUCACUUUCUCUUUUGGGGAAUCACAUGUUUCCUGACCUCGUGGCAAGAAAAGCAGCUAACAAAGAGGAGCCCACUGAUUCCCUGCAGUCAGAUGUUCCAACAGAAGAACUCGCUUUGGACUCAUCUCUUCCUAACAUGGCGACAAAACUGGAAAGCGAGGAGUCUCAGGGCGAAAUCUCCACCUUGGAGGAGGACAGACUGACAGAAGAUGCCGCUCAAAAUGACCAGAACGAUUCCGGAGCGUUUGUCAUCACCAUGCUGGCCAAGGCCAAGCUGGAGGAGCAAGGUCUUGGCUUGAAGGGGCGGUCGUCUCCACUAAUGGAGGUGGGCACCCAGGAGUCUCCAGCCUUUGUUUCUCACCGUGAUGAGGACGUGAUGGCCGAGAGCUGGCGGCAGCACAGGAAGCAUGUUUUUGUGCUAAGUGAAGCAGGCAAGCCCAUAUAUUCGCGAUAUGGCAGUGAGGAGGCUCUUUCCUCCACGAUGGGCGUCAUGAUGGCGCUGGUGUCGUUUGUUCAAAGUGGAGAUAAUAUUAUUCGCUCAGUCUACUCAGAGGAGCACACUGUGGUGUUCCUCCAGAAAGGUCCUCUGGUGCUGGUGUGCGUCUCCAGUAGCCGCCAGUCAGAGCAGCAGCUGCGCAACGAGCUCCUCUAUGUCUACUACCACAUCAUCAGCAUGCUCACGCAGGCCAGCAUCUCACGCAUCUUUGAACACAAGAAGAACUACGACCUGCGACGGCUGCUGGCGGGCUCUGAGAAGAUCCUGGAUGGUCUCCUCAACCUGGUGGACUCGGACCCCAGUUUCCUGUUGGCGGCCGUGCACUGCCUCCCACUCGCCUCCUCUCUCAGGGACUCGCUCAGUCAGAUCCUGCAGAAGGCCAUCACCCCCAAUCUGGUGUUCUCCAUUCUCAUUGCCAAGAACCAGCUGCUCACCAUCGUGCAGGAGAAGGCCGUCAUUGAGGAUGCCCGCCUGGAGCCCGCUGACGUCCACCUGCUGCUCAACCUCAUCGGCGCCUCAUCCGCCUUCCAGGCAGGCGAGAUCUGGACUCCCAUCUGUCUACCGCUUUUCAACCCUGACUGUUACUUCUACGCGUACAUCUCCUACCUGGACCCCCCCGAGUGCACUGUGUGCUUGCUGCUGCUUUCCACGGACAAGGAGGCCUUCUACGCCGUGGCCGAGUGCAAGAGGAAGAUCGAGGAGGCUAUGGCGGCUCAGAAGUCGCUCAGCCUCAUUGCCAAGGUGCAGUCGUACAGCGUGAGCCAGGUGGGCGUCUCUGACCUCAGGCACUUCAUGUACAAGCCUUUUGAUGUUCCUGACAACCACCGCCAGCUCACACAAUUUACCAGCCCAGAGAUGGAGGCCCCGUACAGCAGCGAGGAGGAAAAAAUGAGACUGCUGGAUCUUUACCGUUACAUGCACAGCCGCAUCCAUAGCACCUCCAGACCCCUCAAGCUCAUCUACCACGUAGCCGAGAGGGAAACACUGCUAGCAUGGGUAACGAGUAAAUUCGAGCUGUACACCUGCUUCAGUCCCCUGGUGACCAAGGCGUGCGCCAUCACGGUCAUCACCAAGCUCCUCAGGUGGAUCAAGAAGGAAGAGGACCGACUCUUCAUCAGGUACCCGCCCAAGUAUUCUACCACACCAAACCCCAGCAAGAGCUCACGGGGUGCCAAGUCGGAUCAGCACGACUCCACAGAUAACGGCUUCCUGUCUCUCUUAUGAGACUCGGGAGAUGAAACGCUACCUUUCCCCCACACUAUUUAAUUCUAAAGAAAGCGUUGGCAUUUGGGUGAUUUCAUGCAGGAAGCCUCAGCGCCAAGCAAGCAGAGGUUGGGGAGUUUUAAUUUCAGAUGUUAGGAAGUGAUGACAAAGCUAUUUAAGUAUUUUUACAUUGUUUUAUUAUUAGAGUCAUCUCAUGGAUUAUGAAUGUAUCACAGGGGAGACUUCUUUGCCAGGAUUAUGCAAACCCAAUGUGGCGUCAUAAUUCAUAAGUCAUGAAAUUGAUUUGUUUUAACCAUAAAUGCAAAAAAAAGCAAAAUAGGAACCAUUUGCCUGUUACAACCCAUCAACUGUCUACUACCAUUUUUAAGUGUUCUCAUCACACAGGGCUCUUUCAAUUGGUGCACUUCCAUGCUACACUUGGCAUUUGGAGUGACGUGCAUGCUAAAUGCAAUGUGCCGGCAGUACCUGAAUGUUGCAGUCGCUUGGUUGGAAGUCACUAACAUUGACAGCAAUUGACUUUGAGAAGGAAAAAGGAGAGAAUAAGAACUGUAAGCAGAUAAAUAUUGCAGUUGUCAUUUCUGGUAAGUGUACAAAGACAAUAAUAGAUUUGGGACAGCACUGCAUUGUCAAAUUGCCACCCUAUACAUAUUGAAGUGUGUGAUAUGGAACACAACCUUUGUUUCACUUUCACUUAUCCGACUUUGAGUGCCGUCAGUACCCGGAUGUCCCAAAUGAUGAAUGUGUAAUGGAUCCUAACUACCUAAUCAUCCGAACCGUCAUUAAAAAGGAGCGAAGAAGCACUGCAGUGUCAAUAUUGGCACCCCAGGGAGCUAAAUACGGAGUUUACACUUCAAUAUGUAUACUUGUUACACUGUGUACUUAGUUUCCGAGUACUUGAAUUUUGACAGUGUCGUGCUGUCCCAAAUCAGCAUUCAUUCAUUUUCAUUUCACAAGGGUCACGGGGCGUGCUGGAGCCUAUCCCAGUUGUCUUUGGGCGAGACUGGUCGCCAGCCAAUCACAGGCUACAUAUAGACAAACAACCAUUCACACUCACAUUCAUACCUACGGACAAUUUGGAGUCGCCAAUCAACCUAGCAUGUUUUUGGAAUGUGGGAGGAAACCGGAAUACCCGGAGAAAACCCACGCAUGCACGGGGAGAACAUGCAAACUCCACACAGAGAUGGCCGAGGGUGGAAUUGAACCCUGAUCUCCUAGCUGUGAGGUCUGCGUGCUAACCACUCCACCACCGUGCAGCCCUGACAUUGUGCACUUACCGGAAAUGACGAUCGCAAUGUUUAUCUGCUUCCUCCUCUUCUCUCCUUUUGAUUGCGAAUUGCAACCACUCAAGUUAGCCUCUCUGUUCUGCUAUGCAGCCAAUAUGGCGAUGAUGGAGGUUUGUUAAGGACACUUACCAUUUGGGUUGUGUUGGGUGCAACAUUCGGGGACUGACACAGACUGCAUUGUGCAGCACUACUACUGUGAAGACACCUGUGCACUCAAAAUGCCAAGUGUAAGUAUGGAAGGGAAUUGAAACAGUCAUAAGAUUGUGGAGUCCAUGUCUGUUUCUUUCUGUAGUGAAUUCAGGAUCCUUUUGUAAGUUUUUGUAAAAAUCACGUUAAAGUCUUAACAGAGUCUUAUGUCUAUGAUAGUAUUAAGAAAUAAAUGCACAAAUACAGGAGAGUGAUCUUAUUCUUGUAUAACAUGGUCUACCUCAUGGUGUGACAUUACCUUUUUCAAUUUGAUAUUUUUGUUUUUAGGAACACUAAUCUACUUUUCACCUUACUUUAAUCUAGAUGAAUGAAAUCUGUAUUGACGACAUAAUGUAGUUCACUUAAAACAGAGUUCUUACCUGAGUAUGGAAUGGAUGGAAUUGAAUUUGAUACAGUUGUAAGUCUUAAAAGUAUGGAAAAUAGAAAGUCAAGAUCAGAAAACUAUUCAUAUUCAACACUGUUAACACUGUUCUGUUUUCUAAAAGAUAAAAUGAAUAACUAAAAAAAUAAUAAUCAUGGAUUUAAUCAGCGCUCUAAGGCGUUUGCUAAGGCAGCUAAUAUGUUUGUGUGAGAGCACACAGUACGUCCCUAGCAAACAUUUGGCCAGCCUGACCUACAUUACCAUGAUAUGCUGACAUCAUGGGAUACAUUCUCAGAAUAAUGAAAACAAAUGAUUAAUUCUAUUAUUUAUUUACUGUAAGUUGUGGACUAUUGAGUGCACCUGAAUAUAUAUACCGCACCAACCAAAAUUAAAGACAACUAUUUUGUGCACAUCUAUAGGCAGCAAUUGUUUUUAAGCCGCAGAUAUCCAUGUUGUAACAUUUACACAGACAGUAUUAUGGGAUGCCACACACGGAGAAUGGUGUUGAGACACCGUCUCAAUGGAACCUGUGCAAUAGGACGAUUGUCACAUGUCACCGUCCAGCCAAGCGACAUGUGAAUUUUGUGCAUGUGAUUUUUGUGUACCUUAUUGUAAAGUGUUACCAAUCAGAAUAAUAACAAAGGGAGAAGUACUCUUUCUGAGAGCAAUUUAGUAAAAUAGCAGGAAAUUCACACAGCCUGCAAUUUCAUAUUUUAAAGUAUUAUUCUAAAUGCCGUUCUCAGAGGGUUCAAGAUUGAAUUUUCCAGAUUUCCAAGAAGUGUUCCGAUUGUCUUCCCUUUAUUCUUUUGAAAGGUUCCCCUACCCUUAAAGAAAUACUAACUGCAGCAAGGAAACAGACACGUAUUCAGUUGUCCCAGACAGAAUUUAUUCUUGUGUGAGGAAAAUAUCGUCUUGGUCCGAUAUUAUCUUUAUUAUUAUAAUAAUAAUUAUAGAUCGGGCGUACAAGGUCAGCUCAGGUGUUUUGCCACUUGACCUGAUUUUUUUUCUUUUAUUAUUUUAAAGAAGACUGUCACUGUUACAAAGAGCUACGAAGCAUCGUACAUAUUUUAUAUAUAUAUAUGUAUUAUUUUUUCAAAAUAACACUCUCAACUGCCACAUUUUUCAAAUAAAUUAAAAUUCUAAAAUUGCAUUCCUUAAAUUACUUCCUGUUAGCCAGUAUAAACAGACAUGUACAUAUAUACAAAACUAUUCACAUGCACCUUUUUGCUACGCUGAGGUUGUCAACUCAUUAUACUGUGUAUCUCAAACACACACACACGCGCACACACACACACACUCUUCGUUCGUGCCAGUGAAUGUUUGUGCUUUUUAAAGUCAAUUCUGCAAAGAAAGAAAAAGGUGCUCGACCGCAGUAGUUUUUGUUUGCACAAACACCAUCUUGGCUUACAUUAGAAGAACACUGUUUCACAAUAUGGAAAAAAAAGCAAGACUACAAGUCCCAUCCAUGUACAUCAUUUUGUCAUAGCUGGACUACAACAUGAAACAAAUUUGAACACUUCAGUAAAAACCCGAUGAGUCCAGCCACGAAUGCACAGUGAGACUUUUACACGUCGUCAAAUCACAAGUACAAUCUAAAUACAGUUUGCUUCAGAUCAAGACAAUCCCUUAACAAUUCUACAUUUACACCCUUCACCUUGAGUAACUUUGGCCAAAAAUCAAAUAAAAACUAUUUGAUAUGAACACAGUGCAAAGAAAAAAAAGCACUUUUUUCCCCUUCUUCCAUUGAAGUAAAACAUCAUUUAAGAGCACUGAAGAAGUUCCCAUUCAUGUAACUUCAAAGUCAUAUAAAGUUGGAAGGAGUGAAGUUCAGGUUGCCUCUGAUGUGGUUCAAAUGAACCAUGGCGCGGUCGUAGGCCGUGUGAACCGACUUGCGAACGCUUGGCUUCUUCCCUUCCAUCAGGCGUAGCUUGUCCACCGUGUCAUCCAUCCCCAUCGGUAGUAGCUUGUCCUGAGGGAGCCACUGCCUGCAAGUUACAUAUGUUUCAUUAUGU